AUGGAUACAGUAGUUCAUUCAAAUGACCUUUUGUCAGGUUAUAAAUUGGUGGCACAUUUGAGAAGUGGAGGAGAGGGAAGAGCAAUAUUAAUGGAAAAGGAUGGUCAAAAAUAUGUUUGUAAACAAAGAAUAUUUGAAAAUAUUUUUGAAGCCAAUGCUGGUUUAAAAGAGGCAUACUCUUUGGCAAGUAUUAAACAUGAAAAUAUUAUUGGUUUUGAAGAAGUAUUCCUUAGAACUGUUCCAGGUGAUGACCAGAUUUAUCUGUGUAUCAUCACAGAGUUUUGUUCAAAGGGUGAUUUGUUGGAUUACUUAUUUGACUUUAUAAAAUCAAAUGGAAAUCUUGGUGACUCCUCGUCGUCGUCGUCGUUGUCUUCUACUUCCACAUCCACCACCACCUCAUCGUCAAUGUACUCUUUGAGUGAAGGUAUCGAACACUCUAUUUCUACUGGUAGUAUGGGUAGCUAUACUGGCAAAGACAGUGGAGACGAUGUACCUAUUCAAUCCACAUCUACAUCGACAACAUCAACCUCUAAAAUCGAAAUAUCAUCCACUCUUGAAUUCAGCAACAGCUUUAAAUUAAAAGAAACUAGAUCAAUGAAUCAAUCAAUGUCAUCAUUAUCAAUUCAAUCAAAUAAUAAUAAUAGUAAUAAUAGUACAAAUAGUGUGAGUUCACCAAAAUCAUCAUGGAUGGCAGCAUCACCAUUCCCUCCACUUGCAGAUCCAGGUUACAUUCCAAAAGCCAUUGCAAUUGAAUGGUUAACACAACUAUGUUUAGCAAUGCAAUCAUUACAUCGUGAACAUUUAAUUCAUCGGGAUAUCAAGAGUGAGAAUGUAUUUAUAGGUGCAAAUGAUACCCUCAAAAUUGGUGAUUUUGGUUUGGCAACAAAGUCUGGUGCAACCACCAAAAAUCAUGGAAAGGUUGGAACAUACAAUUAUUCAGCACCAGAAGUAUUGAAUGGUAAAUCAUACGAUAGAUCUGCCGAUAUAUUCUCACUUGGUUGUGUAUUUUAUGAAGUGUUGACACUCAAACUAUUGGUUCAAAAUAGACUUUACUUUGGUGAAGAAAUAUUACAAGAUAAAUUUGAUAAAAUGAAAUUCCUUUCUGAUUUUCCUUCUCAAUAUCAAUAUUUAGGACCGUUGGUAUUAAAAAUGUUGGAUGGAAAUAGUGCAUUGAGACCAUCGAUUGAAUCAAUUUUGAAUAAAUUAAAUGGAACUCAAAACAUGUCAAACAAGAGUCUUGUAUUCACACCCAAACGAAAACUGACAGGCAUAAGAAAACAAUUGGGUAAAGGUGACAUUAAAGAAGCAUCUGAAGUUUUGGGAAGAGCUCUUGCAUAUGAUUUAAGAUUUUCAACUUUGUUUGCUCCCGAUGACCCAGAAUCUACAAAUAUCAGAACCGAGUUUAUGAAAUUUACUUUAAAAAUAUUUAUUAAAAGAAGAGGCCAAAUUUGGGGAUAUUAUGGUAAAGAUAAUAAAUUACAAAGUGUUAGUAUAUGGCAUACACCAGAUGUUAAAAAGAAUAUUAGAACUGCAGAUUUAUGGAUUGGUAAAUUAAAGUUUGUCACCAAGGUUGGGUUGGCUCGUUGUAGGAUGGCAGGUCAAACUUUAAAGGCUAUCAAUGAAAUUAUGACCAAUGAAAAUGGUGACAAGAAUUGGUUCCUUCCAUACAUUGGAACAGACGAACAGUAUAGAGGAAAUGGUGUUGGUACCUAUGUAGUGGAAUCAGUUCUUGAAUGGGCCGAUCAUAGUGGCUAUCUUGCAAAGACACUUUGUCUAUCAAAAGACAGUUUCCCAUUUUUCCAACGACUCGGUUUCGAAGUUGACAAGGAAAUACGUGGUGGUAUAUUACCAUCUCACGUAGAAGUAGUUUAUAUUUUAAAGAGACCUCCAAGAUUAUCAUUAUCGACAUCUGAUCUUAGUGAAUUAAUUAAUAUUAAUUAA